UUUAUGCCAGCCGUUCUCACUGAAGUCGUACGGCAUGUGAGCAGCCUCGAAGUACAAUGGCGUCACUAUCUGCACGCUUCAGGGCUCUUGGUCGUGGUUCUUGCUUCCCUAUUCUUCUUUGUCCCCGUCUCAGAGCAGUACACGUCUCUUGACAAGAGGAGCUGGGGCGGAUGGGACGAGCGCGCAGACACGGAGAGAUGCUACAAGCAGGAACGGACAGCAACUCUGCUAGCUUUCUGGCUGGGCGUGUUCGGUGCAGACCAUUGGUACGCGCGCCACUGGAUUUUGGCUGUCUUCAAGACGGCUACUCUUGGUGGCUUGAGUAUCUGGGCUGUAGUUGAUGUAAAUCCCCGGAUCAUUGGCGGAUACUAUGGAACUCCCGGGUGCCCUGGCGGCCGCAAGAAAGAGUAG